AUGGGUAGUUGGGGAAGACAGCAACAACUGCAGCAAGGUGAUACUUAUUAUCGACAAGUUUUUAGUCCAAAACUUCAGAACAGAAAGCCACCGCAUCAACAAGAUAGUCGGCAGUUCGGUGUGCCUGCUUGGGAAAAGAAGUUUUGUACGUCGGUGGGCUCAGUUCCAUGGAAAAAGCUCGUAGAUACAAAGAGUUAUAUGUAUCUUUAUAAAGAUAUUGUUCAAUGGAAUGAUUAUGCAGGUGAAGAGGCAUUCCGUAAUGCGAAAACCCGUUUUUGGGCAAAGAUUAACGGUCUGCCUUGUGAUAUAUUACUGCUUGAUCCUGAUAUGCAUAUUGAUGAAAUAGACUGGAACCCUAGCAUCAAUACUGAACUGGUUUUGGACUUGGAAAGGGAACGUCGACACUCCGAUGACGAAGGAGAUGGUAUUAAUGAUCAACUCCUUUUGAAUCUGCCAAUUGUUGCCACUGGAUGGGGAGAUGAUGAGGAGGACUUCAUCAAGAAAGAUGCUAGCGGAGGAAUGGCAGAUAAUAAAGAAAAUUCUUGGGGGCCUUUCUCUGAUCAGAACAAAGAAGCAACACGAGGAUGGGGCAACGCUAAUUUUGAUGAGCCUCUCGGGAAUUACAGAGUGAAAUCAGCGAAUAAUAAUAGUGGUGCAAGUAGGUACAAUUCAAGAUAUAGGACAUCCGGAGUUCAGGGUGACUUUUAUCGCAGGAACGAUCAAGUGUACUGGAAGAACGGAGGAAGAAGAAGCAGAGCGAAUGCUGGUUACCAAAGCAGAGGAAAUUGGAAUGAUUGUCAGCAAGUCUAA